GUUACUUAGUUAUAUAGGUUAGCCUCUAUGUCAAUACAAUUGCAUCACAAGGUAUUCACAUAUACAGGUGUAUUCAACAUGAAAACGAUUAUUUUGAUCUCUGUUCUCAUUGCCGGUGCUACUACAGUAAAAUUUUGCGACAACACAGCCGUAAAAUUAUGCAGGACUGCUUUAAAAACAUUUCCUAUACGUAAGAAAGAUGAAGACUAUUGCAGGCGCCUUAUUCUAUUUCAAAAUUGUUUUAACGACAUUUUCCAGCAGUGUCAAUUCUAUUUUCGAGACCUCUAUAGAAAGAAGUGCAAAUCUCAGGGAGCUCACAAAUCUGCAUCCAACGUAGAUCGCUCAGACUAUAUUAGCAGAAUUAGCACAUUAUUGGUACUUAUGACCACGUUGUUGUGAUGGUAUAGAAAUUCAACUGACAUCCAUGUGAAUAUCCUUUAAGCAAGCAGUAUUUUUAAAACUUUGAGUUUCUGUGACACUUAAUCAGAAACCAUAUAGAAAUAAAAAAUAUAUUUCAUUAUAAUGCAAUAUUUGUCAUUUGCUGUCUUGGAUAUUUUUCUGUAAAUGUGUCCCAGGGUUUGCAUAUCCCGCUAGCCUUUUUUUUUUUUUUCAUCAUCAUAAAAUUUUGAGGUUUAAUUGAAUAAAUAUGUCCUCUUCAAAAUCUUAA